UGGGGAUGAACACGUUUUCUCGAUAUGUGUAAUCUAGACGGUCUAUUAACUGAUCCCCGAGUGCAGAGCUUAAUUGAGUGACUUGAGAAAACUUUGGAUGGGAUCAUCUUUGGUGUGUUGGGAACAUGGAUCUCGGAUUUCAGUUAAAUUCGGACUGUAACGAUGACGCUACACAAUACCAGCUGACCGUAAUGGUGAAAGAAGAAGAUCUCAUAGAGGAGACAUAUGGGGAUAUAAUUGCAUUUCAACUUGAUGAAGAACAGCUUCAGUAUAGAACUGGAUCAGACUUUGCAGAGUCCAAAGUGAAGCCUACUCAUACCGAGACACUACAGACAAUAGCGGAGAUUGAAGUUACGAUUGAAGACGAUGAGCCCGAUGAUCUGCUGGGAAGUGCAUCAGAACAUCCACACGGAACCCAACAGGAGACACAUGGACAGAGUGAUGAGCUCAGCCUGCAACUCAAAGGAAGACGGCACCACUGCACUGUGUGCUGGAAGAGCUUCAGGACCCUGAAAGCACUCGAGAAACACCAGCAAACACACUCAGUCAGGGUGAAUUUGACCACGUCCUCACUAGCUAGCCGCCACGUGCAGAAACACACUGGAGGGAAGUCCCAUGAAUGUUCCCAGUGUGGAAAAGGUUUCUCACACUCGUCAAGUCUUGGACGGCAUAUGCGUGUACACAAAGGAGGGAAGCCUCAUAAAUGUGUCCAGUGUAAAAAAGGUUUUAUAACCUCCACAGAUCUCAAUUGCCACAUGCUUACACACACUGGAGUGAAGCCUUAUAAAUGUGCCCAGUGUGGAAAAGGUUUUAAUCACAGCUCAAGCCUUUCACGCCACAUGUUCGAACACAAAGGAGGGAAGCCUCAUAAAUGUGUCCAGUGUGGAAAAGGGUUUUAUCAAAGUUCAAAUCUUAAAGUCCACAUGCUUACACACGCUGGAGAGAAGCCUUAUAAAUGUGCCCAAUGUGGAAAAGGUUUUUCACACAUGUCAAGUCGUUAUCACCACAUACGUAAGCACAGAGGAGAGGUUCUUCAUAAAAGACUUGUAGCGAGGCGCCAUAACUGUUCGCAGUGUGGAAAAGGUUUUCCAUUGAUUUCAACUCUUAAAACCCACAUGCUCAUACACACUGGAGAGAAGCCUCAUAAAUGUGCCCAGUGUGGAAAGGCAUUUAGAACAUCCCGAGGUCUUCGACGCCACAAUCUUACACACACUGGAGAGAAGCCUCAUACAUGUCCCCAGUGCGGAAAAGGUUUUACACGAAGUUCAAGUCUUUCAUGCCACAUGCGAGUACACACUGGAGAGAAGCCUCAUAAAUGUUCCCAGUGUGGAAAAGGUUUUACACGAGUUCCAAAUCUUAAAACCCACAUGCUCAUACACACUGGAGAGAAGCCUUAUGAAUGUGCCCAGUGUGGAAAAGCUUUUAGAACCUCUGCAAAUCUCAAUCACCACAUGCUAGUACACACUGGAGAGAAGCCUCAUAAAUGUGUCCAGUGUGGAAAAGCUUUUAGAACAUCCCGAAGUCUUCGACACCACAAUCUUACACACACUGGAGAGAAGCCUCAUACAUGUUCCCAGUGCGGAAAAGGUUUUACACAAAGUUCAAGUCUUUCAUGCCACAUGCUAGUACACACUGGAGAGAAGCCUUAUAAAUGUGCCCAGUGUGGAAAAGCUUAUAGAAAAUCCCAAAGUCUUCGACGCCACAAUCUUACACACACUGGAGAGAAGCCUCAUACAUGUCCCCAGUGCGGAAAAGGUUUUACACAAAGGUCAAGUCUUUCAUGCCACAUGCGAGCACACACUGGAGAGAAUACUCAUACAUGUCCCCAGUGCGGAAAAGGUUUUUCACGAAUUUCAUUUCUUAAAAACCACAUGCUCAUACACACUGGAGAGAAGCCUCAUAAAUGUGCCCAGUGUGGAAAUGCAUUUAGAACCUCCUCACAUCUGAAACGCCACAUGCUCAUACACACUGGAGAGAAGCCUCAUAAAUGUGCCCAGUGUGGGAAAGCUUUUAGAACAUACCAAAGUCUUCGACACCACAAUCUUACACACACUGGAGAGAGACUUCAUAAAUGUCCCCAGUGCGGAAAAGGUUUUACACAAACUUCAAUUCUUAAAAGACACAUGCUAACGCACACUGGAGAGAAGCCUCAGGAAUGUGCCCAGUCUGGAAAAGGUUUUCGACAACUUUCUAGUCUUAAAACUCACGUGCUAACCCACGCUGGAGAGAGGCCUUAUGAAUGUUCCCGAUGUGGAAAAGUUUUUUCACACGCGUCGAGUUGUUAUCGCCACAUACGGAAGCACCGCGUAGAGGACAAGAGAUCCCUAGCAAAAGCACUAAAAAAGUUAGUGUGA